AUGGGUGGCAGAAGGUUUUUAAGUCUACUGGCCAUCAUCGCUUGGACUGCUCGGACUGGAGAAGCACAACUUCAAGCAUGUCCACCCAUUGAUCUUGGAUUAAUUUUGGACAGUUCUGGGAGCCUCAAUUUUGGAGACAACGAAGAAAAGAUACAGGAAUUUGCUAAAGCCCUGGUAGACAAAUUUGACGUUAAUCCAGGUAUAAAUGGAACUCAUGUUUCAAUAGUCCAGUUUGACAACGAAGCCACAUUGCUUCUGGGAUUUGAUGACCUUCAAACAAAGGGAAAUGUUGGAAAUACCAUCAACUCUUACAAAGUUCGAGACGGACAGACAUUUCUUGACAGGGCUAUUGAUUUGGCAAACGAACAGUUUGAGAUAAGCAAGGGUAUGAGAGGACCCGAAUACCGCAAGGUCCUGGUCAUUUUUACCGACGGUGCUCAAACUCAGAAGACACAAAACCCUCGAGAUGACGAACGUAUCUUCCCAGGGGAUAACGCUCAGAAACUUAAGGACAAGAAUGUUACAGUUAUUUCUGUUGGUGCUGGUACCCCUGACCCAGUGGAACUAUUGGGUAUGGCUACUGACCCCAGUAAAGUUAUCAUCGGAGAGUUAGAAAACCUCGCUCGCGCAGUUAACAAAAUAACUGAGGAGAUAUGUAAAAUCGAAGUUACGGGACCUCCGGGCAGGAAAGGAAUUGCGGGGGCCCCUGGACCACCAGGUCCCCCCGGACCGCCAGUUGUUGGACGCGGGUCAAUAAUUGCUACUCUAUCAGGAAUCAAAGGACCAUACAUGGCGCCAAAUAUCAUCUCUGAAAGAUCUGAUCUUAUAGCUGCACCGAUUGGACUGCCAGGAGUUCCCGGUCGCAAAGGAGGAAUUGGUUCCAUUGGUGUCGCCGGGAAUGUUGGAGAGGCAGGAAAUACUGGAACGCCGGGAAAUCCCGGCGCUCUUGGACCAAGAGGAGAUGUUGGAUUACCUGGUACUGAUGGUUCCAUAGGCAGUGUAGGACUCAAGGGAUAUCGAGGCGAUUCAGGAGAAGAAGUAAUGGUUAUUUAA